CUCCCCAACCAACAGGAGGCGCCGAGGAGCCAUAGCCCCAAUUUACGCCGGACUCGCGUCCCCGGAGGCGCUCCCUUUUUACGUUAUUUCCUUCGCCGGUCUCUAGAGCCCCCCCCCCCCCACCGGUCGCUGGCUGAUGACGCAUCACAGAGUCCGGUUGUCUUGACAAACCGGUGCAGCCACGUCCAAGGAUAAUAGCGAUGAGAGCCAAAGCGAGACACCGGCCGUUCCGCCGCCCACUCUCUCAUCCCCUCGAGCGUGUUAAAUGCCUUUGAGCCCGACGACGGCCUUGAGCGACUUCGUCAUUUCUGCAUGAGGUCACAGCAGUCGCUAGCGCCGAAGGGGAGGCCGCGGGUUAGGAGAGUUCCAAGUGAAGGAAGCAGGGCCGGGGUGAGGCCAAGGAGAAGUUAGGCUGUGUCCUGCGUGUUCUUGACACAAAGGAUUUAGUAACAGCCUUCAUCUCAUCCGAAAUGUCUGCCACCCAUUGUCACUGCUGUUCGGAAUUUCUCCAGGUGCUUCUAUCUCCUACCUUUUAUUCAUUCAAGAAAUAGUGUCUGCAAUGUGCCGGGCCUGCGGAGGAGGUUAGAUAUAUGGAGGAACAAGAUGUGGCCUAAGGUUUCGCGGAGCUGGUAGUCUGGUGGAAGAUGCACAGCAAAAAAGGCAGUUCUGAUUUAGUGGGAUGCAGUGCUGUGAGAGGACUGAUUCAGGGUGCUGUAGGAGCACACACACCUUACUAAGUCUGGGAGUGAAGUGGAAUCCCUGGAUGAAGUGCACCUGAGCUGAAAGCUAAGGGAGGGGGGAGUACCCCUUACCUGAGUCAAGAGGAGUGAAGAGGCAAAAGGAACAAUCUAUGAACAAUCAUGAUGGAGAAACAAUAGCUGAGUUUAGCUGAAAUGUGGUUGGAGGGAGAAUGAUAGAUGAGACUGAAAAGUUAAGCACAGACCAGGACAUACAGAGGUUGUAAGCCAUUUUAACACGUGAGAUUUUUAAAUAGGAAGACUCAAUUUGUUCAUUUUCAAAAGUUCUGCUUUCCUAUGGAGAAAGGAUAGGAGAACAAGAUUGAUGGCAAGGAGAUUAGGAGGCUACUGCGUAUCAGCUAGAGCUGGUAUGAAUUGAACUUGGCAUUGGAGAUGGAGGGUAGUGGAUUAAUUCAAAAUCAACAAGACCCAGUGAUUGAAUGGAUGUAAGAAGCUGGAAGAGAAAUCAGAGUCAAAGAUAAGCCCCAGGCUUCAGACCUGGACAACUGAGUGGAUGGUAAUGUCUGUCCUUACAGCCUCAGGGACAUUGUUAUUUUGGCUACAGUCUGAGUUCUUGGCUUUUUGGACUUUGUGGGACCAGCUGCUCUUUAGUCAUCAUGCUGUUUGUUGACAUCAGUGCAUGCAUCUGUCUUCACAAAGGCACAUGAUGUGAAGGCAGUUGCCUUUAAACCUACAGUAUUGGCUUUGUCUCUACCUGUGGAAAGGUGGGUAGAUGGUGACUCCCAAGAUCAUGGCCACCUGGUGAUCUGUAUUCUUUCUUUGCUUGGAGAACUGGGAGGGCAUCUCUUCCUUUAAAGAACAUGGAACAGCAGAGUCAGGUUUUCUGUCACUCUGCUAUAAAAUCUUCAAAUGACACAAGCUCCUCACCUUCAAUUUACUCAUCUUCAAAGAAGAGACAGUUCCUCACCUGUCUCCUUGCAAACGCACAUUAUGGCAGCCUCAUUAAUGCAGAUGGCCAUGCCGAAGUGUGGACAGAUUGGAAUGACAUGUCCAAGUUUUUCCAGUAUGGGUGGAGAUGCACCACUAAUGAGGACACCUAUUCGAACCGCACCCUGAUGGGGAACUGGAACCAGGAAAGAUAUGACCUAAAGAGUAUUGUGCAGCCCAAACCCUUGCCUUCCCAGUUUGGACACUACUUUGAAACAACAUAUGAUGCAAGCUACAACAACAAAAUGCCACUCUCUACGCAUAGGUUUAAGCGAGCGCCUCACUGGUUCCCAGGACAUCAACCUGAGCUGGUCCCUCCUCCAUACAAAUGCACAGAAAAGUCAACAUAUAUGAGUAGCUAUUCAGAGCCUCAAAUUGAGCAUCACUCUGUGUGUGUGUGGAAUCCUAAUAACUGCCAAUUUCAGGGUCCAUGAUUCUAAGAAAGAAUAAGUUUCAUUUUUCCAGUGUGGAAUGUAGGAAGGAGCACAUUCUAAGGACAAAAAAGGAUUUAUCUGACUGUAGCACAGUUUUACUCUCUGAGUAAAUAAAACACAAAAGAUA